GGGAGGGGGAGUCGGGUUACAGGAGCUGAAGCGUCUGUGUGCCGAGGAUAAAAAGCCCCUCGCAGUGUCGUCUCAACACUCACUUCUCUCCCGUCAGAGCCAGAGUACCCUUCCAGCCUCUUCGUCAUGGCAACACUCUUCGCCAGCCGUUCUUCUUUCGGUGGAGGUGGAAUCUCCGCAGGCUCCUCCCGGCUCUCCAUGUCGGCAGGGGGCGGUGGCCGCAUGAUGAGGGCCGGCAGCGUGUACGGUGGUGCCGGCGGUUCCGGAGUGCGCAUCUCCAGCGCCUCCGGUCUGGGUGGCGCAGCUGGAUUCGGCGGGGGGUACGGAGGUGGUGCCGGGUUUGGAGGUGGUGCCGGGUUCGGCGGCGGAGCGGGGUCUGGGGGCUUCAGCAUGUCUUCCGCCGCGGAGGGAGGCGUCAUUGGCAAUGAGAAGCACACCAUGCAGAACCUCAACGACCGUCUGGCUGCCUACUUGGUUAAGGUGCAGACCCUGGAGACGGCCAACGCAGACCUGGAGCUGAAGAUCAGACAGUUUCUGGAGAGCAGGACAUCCCCUUCUGCCCACAACUACGACAGCUUCAUGGUCUCCAUCAGUGACCUCCAGGCCCAGAUUCAGGGUUCCCUUCAGCUGAGGGGUGCUGUACACCUGGCCAUGGACAAUGCCAGCCUCACCAUGGACGACUUCAGAGUCAAGUAUGAGACAGAGUUGACCAUGAGGCAGUCAGUGGAGGCAGACAUCGCUGGGCUGAAGAGGGUGCUGGAUGAGCUGAACUACUCUAGGACCGACAUCGCCAUGCAGAUCACCGGCCUGCAAGAAGAGCUUAUCUACCUCAAGAAGAACCACGAGGAGGAGCUGUUGUCCAUACGCGCCCAGAUGACCGGCCAGGUCAACGUAGAGGUGGACGCUGCACCUCAGGCGGACCUCACCAAGAUCAUGGCAGAUAUCCGUGAACACUACGAGGCAGUCUCAUCCAAGAACCAGAGGGACCUUGAGUCUUGGUUCCAGGCUAAGUCAGAGAUCGUGAACAAGGAGGUCGUUACGAGCACAGAGACCCUUCAGACCAGCAGGUCCGAGAUCAACACUGUGAAGAGCUCAGUUCAGUCCCUGGAAAUCGAACUUCAGUCUCUAAUGAGCAUGAAAGCAUCGCUGGAGGGCACGUUGUCAGAGACGCAGUCACGCUACUCCGGCAUGCUCUCAGGCUACCAGAUGCAGGUGGGCAGCCUGGAAGGUCAGCUGGUUCAUCUCCGCGGGGACCUGGAACGCCAGGGACAAGAGUACUCCGUGCUCCUGGACAUGAAGACCAGACUGGAGAUGGAGAUCGCAGAGUACAGAAGACUCAUGGACGGAGGGGCAGUUGCAAGUGCAAGUGCAAGGUAUGCUAAUCACAGCAUGUCAACCUCAUCCUCUUCCACCUCCACCAUCAGCACUAAGGUCAUCACCGUCGUGGAGGAGGUGGUCGACGGGGUGGUGUUGUCAUCUUCCUCUUCCUCAUCAACUCAAGCCAUCCUAAACUAAACCAUCUACACAUAGCACACCUGACAGCUGUCUGCUCUGGGACCGAUCUGGCCCGAUUUCGGUGUGGGUCCCACGGGUCCAAACCCAAAGAGAACCUGAUCAUCUCCAGAGCCAGCCUCUGUCACGAGCAGAGGCCCCUGCUUAAUGGGAGAAUCCACCUCCAUUUUUGAAGUCCUGUACAAUGAGAGCCCUCAGUGUGUGAAACAAUAAAAAAAGGACGAGAACGUAAACGUGUGUGUAAUUAUUUCAAACUCAUGCAUAGAUACGAUACACAUAGGGGCAAACGUACCAUCACAUACAGAAAAUAGGAAAUGCCCAGAUAUCUACACUGGAUUCAAGUGUAAAACUGUAAGCGCCUACAGUAUAAAAGGCUACAAAACAUGGCUGCACAGACCAACUAAAGUUCAUGGCACUACUAUGAAUAAAUGAU